GCCACUUGGGCUAUUUCUGCUAUCUGUCGCUAUCAGUGCUGCAGUGCUAACAGUUUGGCAGAUGGGACACUUUUUCUUGGAGUUUAUGUCUUUGGUUUUUAACUUCUGGCAGCGCCUGAAUUGUUGCCGUUCUCCCUCUCCUUUUCUUCUCUCUGUAAAACCAUGGCCCAUCGGCUGCGGUUUCAUUUUGGCUCUGGACGAAGCAACACAGCCCCCGAAUCCGAGAUCCUCGACCGGGAGAGAGAAGAUGACUUUUUCAUGGCAUUCCACACUUUGCCGAGAAGAAGCAGCCCUCACGCUUUCUCCCGACACGGAGCAGAUUACGGCGGAGGCAGCGAUUUCCAAGAAGUGGGCUCCUUGAAAAGGAGCACCUCCAUGUUUAUUCCCCAGCUGCUGAACAGCAUCAGCGCACGUCCCACAAGAAGCUCCUCGAUGCAGAUCUCUCUCCAGCGCAAGGCUGCAGAUGAGUGCGCGACCCCGGAGACCCCCGAGGAGACUCCCCUGUGCAAAGCCUCAGAUGUUAGGGAGCAUUAUGCGUCCCCCAUUGAAAACCAUUCCUCCUCUCAGAGCAGCCCAGAGGCGACUCCUGAGGAUUCUCCACCCAGGCAGACGGAGGAGUUGGGGCAGCAGAUGAAUGGAACUCUUCGCUGUAACCGUAGGAUAUUCCGUACUAUUCCUCCUAAUAACCAGAGCGACGAUGCUCUGUCCACCGCCCAUGAGAACGAGGCAAAGGAAACAGCUUCAGGUCUGAACAUCAGCGGCGUGAGGAUUCAGCAUCGUGCUUCGAGCGCCGAUGUGCCUCAGGUUACUCUGCUGCCCUUUGGUUCCGAGGCUCAAAAUAAUGCUCCCACCCCUGAGCCCCGGCGCUGGUCUCUGCAGCACGUGCCAGACAUGUCAGCAAAUUCGGGGAAAAAGUUCUUUGUUCUCCAGUUACAGCAGCCGCAGGCGAGUGGUACAGGUGGUGAGUAUAACUUCGGCUUUACUGGGACAAAAGGGGACAGACUGGUCAGGUACCCACGCAUUCAGCUGGAGAGGAGCGCUUCCUACCCCGUCCAACCACGGCCGGAGGAAAUCCGCCCUGCAGGUGAUGGGCGGACUUCAGAACUGCAUGGAAGCGGCAGGAGCGGGUCAGAAAUAUCCAGAAGCAAUUCAGUAGAGAAGAUUCCUCAGGGGAAGGGAUGCCUGUUUAAAAUCAGACCAGAUCAAAACACGAGGCAGCAGCACUUCCGAAUCCUUGUCACCCGUAAUCCCGAGGAGCAAAGUCCAGUUGUUGGUGCAGAGUGUCGUGGCACCCCUGGUCCUGCGGCAGCCAGCACCACGACUAGAGACGACUUCCUGGGCCAGGUGGAUGUGCCUCUUAGCCACCUUCCGACUGAAGACCCAACCAUGGAAAGGCCAUAUACAUUUAAGGAUUUCCUUCUCAGACCAAGAAGUCACAAGUCUCGUGUAAAGGGUUUCUUGAGACUGAAGAUGGCUUACAUGCCUAAGAAUGGUGGCCAAGAGGAAGAAAAUAGCGAUCAAAGGGAUGAGUCUGAGCACGGAUGGGAUGUGGUUGAUUCCAACGACUCUGCGUCUCAGCGCCAGGAGGAGUUGCCACCUCCUCCACUGCCUCCUGGGUGGGAGGAAAAGGUUGACAACCUGGGGCGGACUUACUAUGUCAACCACAACAACAGAACCACGCAAUGGCACCGACCAAGUUUGAUUGAUGUGGGAUCUGAUUCAGAUAACAACAUCAGACAAAUAAACCAUGAAGCAGCCCAUAGGCGGUUUCGCUCUCGAAGACACAUUAGUGAGGAUUUGGAACCGGAACCUAUGGAGACUGGAGACAUUCCUGAGCCUUGGGAAGCCAUUUCAGAGGAGGCGAGUGCAACUGGGGAUUCUUUAAGCUUAUCGUUGCCACCACCUCCUGCAUCUCCUGUGUCCCGUAGCAGUCCUCAGGAGCUAUCUGAGGAACUGAACAGAAGGCUUCAGAUCACUCCAGACUCUAAUGGGGAACAGCUGAGUUCUUUGAUUCAAAGAGAUCCUUCCUCAAGACUGAGAUCUUGCAGUGUAACAGAUACAGUUGCUGAACAGUCUCAAUUAUCUUUGCAGAGUGGCCAAUCUAGGAGAGCUCGUUCUUCAACUGUCACAGGUGGUGAGGAACCAACGCCUUCAGUGGCCUAUGUCCACACCACGCCGGGCUUACCUUCAGGUUGGGAGGAAAGAAAGGAUGCAAAGGGCCGUACUUACUAUGUGAAUCACAACAAUCGCACCACAACCUGGACACGGCCCAUCAUGCAGCUUGCAGAAGAUGGCAUGGUUGGGUCAGCAGCAAACAGCAACAACCAUCUGAGUGAGCCGCAGAUCAGACGGCCCCGCAGCCUCAGUUCACCCACGGUCACCUUGUCUGCUCCCCUCGAGGGCAUGAAGGACUCCCCGGUGCGCAGAGCUGUGAAGGACACCCUUUCCAACCCGCAGUCUCCGCAGCCCUCUCCCUACAACUCUCCCAAACCACAGCACAAAGUUGCGCAGAGCUUCCUCCCUCCUGGCUGGGAGAUGCGGAUAGCACCCAACGGCAGGCCCUUCUUCAUCGAUCACAAUACUAAAACUACUACCUGGGAAGAUCCACGGCUGAAAUUUCCAGUGCAUUUGAGAACAAAAGCUUCUUUGAACCCCAAUGAUUUGGGCCCCCUUCCUCCUGGUUGGGAAGAAAGGAUACAUUUGGAUGGAAGAACAUUUUAUAUAGAUCAUAAUAAUAAAAUUACCCAGUGGGAAGACCCCAGACUGCAGAACCCAGCAAUUACUGGUCCUGCGGUUCCGUAUUCUAGGGAGUUCAAACAGAAGUAUGACUAUUUCAGGAAGAAGUUGAAGAAACCCGCUGAUAUACCAAACAGAUUUGAGAUGAAGCUACACAGGAAUAAUAUUUUUGAGGAGUCCUACAGAAGAAUUAUGUCUGUGAAAAGACCUGAUGUACUGAAGGCCAGGCUCUGGAUUGAAUUUGAGUCAGAAAAAGGACUUGACUAUGGAGGUGUGGCCAGAGAGUGGUUUUUUCUCUUGUCCAAGGAGAUGUUCAACCCUUAUUAUGGUCUUUUUGAAUAUUCAGCAACGGACAACUACACGCUUCAGAUUAACCCCAAUUCAGGUCUUUGUAAUGAAGAUCACCUUUCUUAUUUCACAUUUAUUGGACGAGUGGCUGGCCUGGCAGUGUAUCAUGGGAAGCUGCUGGAUGGCUUCUUCAUCAGACCUUUUUACAAGAUGAUGCUGGGGAAGCCAAUAACGCUGAAAGACAUGGAAUCAGUGGACAGUGAAUACUACAACUCCUUGAAGUGGAUCCUGGAGAAUGACCCUACGGAGCUGGAUCUCAUGUUCUGCAUAGAUGAGGAAAACUUUGGACAGACGUAUCAAGUCGACCUGAAGCCAAAUGGGUCAGAAAUCAUGGUAACAAAUGAGAACAAAAGGGAAUACAUCGACCUGGUAAUCCAGUGGAGAUUUGUAAACAGAGUUCAAAAACAAAUGAAUGCUUUCUUGGAGGGAUUCACAGAACUUCUUCCUAUCGAUCUGAUUAAAAUUUUUGAUGAAAAUGAACUAGAGUUACUGAUGUGUGGCCUUGGGGAUGUUGACGUUAACGACUGGAGACAACACACAAUCUACAAAAAUGGCUACUGCCCAAAUCAUCCUGUCAUCCAGUGGUUCUGGAAGGCUGUUCUACUGAUGGAUGCAGAAAAACGCAUUCGGUUACUGCAGUUUGUUACUGGGACGUCACGAGUGCCUAUGAAUGGAUUUGCUGAACUUUACGGUUCAAACGGUCCUCAGCUGUUUACAAUAGAGCAAUGGGGAACUCCUGAUAAACUGCCCAGAGCUCACACAUGCUUUAAUCGCUUAGACUUACCUCUUUAUGAAUCCUUCGACGACCUGCGAGAGAAGCUCCUGAUGGCAGUUGAAAAUGCACAAGGAUUUGAAGGAGUGGAUUAGGGCACUGCUUCCCACCUUUCGGCGCGUUCUGCUGCGCUUCCACUCCUCCACGUUGGACUCUGACUGUGGCAGAACCGUUGCACAGCGCUGGUUCCUGGAGCAAACUCUUCGACAGUGCGUGGCCUAAAUGCAGAAUCUUGAACUCUGGUCUGUGGAAGGCUUUUUUGGCAUUUCCACAGCCAGUUACUAUGGGGUUAUAUGUACUCUGAUUACAUUUCAGCAGGACUUACUGUAUUUAUGUUGUGCCUCUGUAGGCUGAGCCCUUAAUAAAAAUUUUACAUAAUUUCUAAUGACAAUGAAUGAAAUUAAUCAUUUUACAGGGAUAGUGUUACAGCUCAUGUUUACUUUUUAAUUGAUUUAGACAUUUUCAGAUUAUAUUUCAUUGCAAUUAAAUUUCAUGUACGUGGGGGAUAAAUGAGCAUUUUUUCUUAAUUUCUUACCAGACUUGAUGCCAGUGUCAUUUUUUUCAAGCUCAUUUUGAGCCUUGUGUUCCCAAACUCUUAGGAAAAUAGGAGAUAGUUAUCUUGGAAUUCUUCUCUAUAUUGGCUAUAUCAAGAGCACAUAAAUAUUUUUCUGUAUCUGGAAGAGGUAUGGAUUCUAUGUUGCAUUUUUGUAUAAAUAAUAGUUAUGAGUCGAGGGACAGUCAUAACAUAGCAUGCCAAAUCUCAUGUUCAAUAAAGAAAUUGCCUCAUUA